AUGGCUCACCCACCGGACCGAUAUUUGACAACUUAUACUCAAAAUCAACGAGUUUAUGAAUGGUUGCAAAGUAUUUCGAAACCAAAUAUAGCCAAUUUUUUGGAUAUGGACGCAGAUGCUCUAUUGGUUUUUGUGAGAAAAUUGGAUAGGAGUACAAGAUCAAAACUGGAACAAAGUUGUCGCUUUCUGUGUAACAUUUCUCGUUGCGAUAAACCCCAUCUUCAACAACUGUCCCUUCAAUUCACCACCACUUGGAACCAUGAUCAAUUCGCUGAAAUUACAGCGAUUUUCGAUCAAUUUCACACUUUUCAUGCAGUUUUCAUGUGGAAAAUGAGCAAUCCUUUAUGGAUAACUGGUGGAUGGUCGACUGAUAAACAGAAAAUGAUAAAUUCUGGAAUUUUCCCUCCUGAAAAACUGAAAUUAAAUACAAACUACAUGGGACUAGUUCCACAGUUAAAACUCAAGAAGUUUAUCCUCAUUGGAGCGAACAAUCUACGGUUCAUUAACUCGUGGCUCAACAGUCUGCAACCAAAUAUUCCGGAUCCAAUCGAUAAUUCCCGAAAAACGAUCGAUAUCGAAUUUAUUGAUGUCGAGAAGUCGGAUUUGAUCAUGCGGCAUCCAUUGAUGAAGACUGGAAUUGUGAAUCUGAAAUUCCAUAAAAACAGUUCGCAUUUUCAACACAAAUCUCUGAAUAUUAUCAAUGUACCGUAUGCUGAAAUCACAGCACGCCAAGUAUCUUCAGAAGCCGUCAACUUGUUUCUGAAGCGCUGGGCUCGUGGAGAAAUGACCGAGGCGUUUGAAUACCUUCAUAUCACUGAAACAACACAAUGGCCGAAGCAAGAGAUUCAAAUGAGGGAUGUGCUGAAAGGAUUACGGUAUCAAAUUGUGGAAUUGCAGACCGAUGUGAAAUUAAAAAUCUUGUCUCACCGAACUGCUCGAAACCAUCAGAAGACGUCAACGUCUUCUAUGCCAACGUCUUCUUCUGAGUCCUCGUCAUCUGAAAUUUCCGCAAAUGCACAAAUUUUUCAAAUCUGUGGUCCCCGCCCGGGAUUCUGUAUUCACGAAGAUGGCGAAUUCAUUUUUGAAGUGCCGAAAUCUGAAGAAAUCCAAAAAAUUCAAGUUUUCCCGCCAAUUCUUCAGACGUCGUGCGAGGAAUUCGAACGACAGAAGAAUAGGAUUUAUAUGGAAUUGUUUCGGAAAAAGCUAAUUAAAUAUUUUAAUUAA